AUGGUUUAUACAAUCUCAGGAAUUCGAUUUCCCGUUCUUCCUUCUCUGCACAAAUCCACCUUACGCUGCGAUCGCAGAACUUCAUCAUCUCACUCUUUUUUUCUCAACAAGAACUCCUCAUUCUCUCGGACCUCACUUUACGCAAAGUUUUCCCGCGAUUCUGAAACCAAAUCUUCCACAAUUGCUGAAUCUGAUAAAGUACUUAUUCCUGAAGAUCAAGAUAACUCUGUAUCCUUGACAGAUCAACUUGAAAAUCCUGAUAUAACCUCAGAGGAUGCGCAGAACUUGGAGGGUUUAACCAUGAAAGAUGAGAAUAAAUACAAUCUUGAUGAAGCAGCUAGCAGUUAUAGAGAGGUUGGAGACGAGAAGGGUUCUGUUAUAUCAUCAUCACUUGUAGAUGUUAACACCGACACUGAAACCAAGAAAACAUCAAUUCAUUCAGACGAGAAAGUAAAAGUUGAUAAACCUAAAAUCAUUCCUCCACCCGGUACUGGGCAGAAAAUAUAUGAGAUUGAUCCACUUUUGCAAGCUCACCGUCAACAUCUUGAUUUCCGUUAUGCACAAUACAAAAGAAUUCGGGAGGAAAUUGACAAAUAUGAAGGUGGUCUUGAUGCAUUUUCGCGUGGGUACGAAAAGUUAGGCUUCACACGCAGUGCCACGGGCAUUACUUACAGAGAGUGGGCGCCUGGAGCUAAGUCAGCAGCAUUAGUUGGAGAUUUCAACAAUUGGAAUCCAAAUGCAGAUGUAAUGACUAAGGACGCUUUUGGUGUAUGGGAGAUCUUCUUGCCAAACAAUGCCGAUGGUUCACCACCAAUUCCUCAUGGUUCUCGAGUCAAGAUCCACAUGGAUACUCCCUCUGGGAUCAAGGACUCAAUUCCAGCUUGGAUCAAAUUCUCUGUACAGGCUCCUGGUGAAAUUCCAUAUAAUGGAAUAUACUAUGAUCCCCCAGAGGAGGAAAAAUAUGUCUUCAAACAUCCACAGCCAAAACGACCACGGUCAAUUAGAAUAUAUGAGUCACACAUUGGAAUGAGUAGCCCGGAGCCAAAAAUCAACACAUAUGCUAAUUUUAGAGAUGAUGUACUACCUCGCAUUAAAAAGCUUGGCUAUAAUGCUGUCCAGAUUAUGGCUAUCCAAGAACAUUCUUAUUAUGCUAGUUUUGGGUACCAUGUUACUAAUUUCUUUGCACCUAGCAGUAGGUUUGGAACUCCAGAAGAUCUUAAGUCUCUGAUAGACAGAGCCCAUGAACUAGGUCUGCUUGUUCUGAUGGAUAUUGUACAUAGCCAUGCCUCAAAUAAUACAUUGGAUGGCCUGAACAUGUUUGAUGGAACUGAUGGUCAUUACUUCCAUCCUGGUACGCGGGGUUAUCAUUGGAUGUGGGAUUCUCGCCUUUUUAACUAUGGAAGCUGGGAAGUACUAAGGUAUCUACUUUCAAAUGCAAGAUGGUGGCUGGACGAAUAUAAGUUUGAUGGGUUUCGAUUUGACGGUGUCACAUCAAUGAUGUACACUCAUCAUGGACUGCAGGUAUCUUUUACUGGAAAUUACAGUGAGUAUUUUGGUUUAGCAACUGAUGUUGAGGCUGUGGUUUACAUGAUGCUUGUCAAUGAUCUCAUUCAUGGGCUCUUCCCUGAAGCUGUUUCAAUUGGUGAAGAUGUGAGUGGAAUGCCAACAUUCUGCCUUCCGACGCAAGAUGGUGGGAUUGGCUUUAACUACCGCUUGCAUAUGGCUGUUGCAGACAAGUGGAUUGAGCUUCUUAAGAAACAAGAUGAAGAUUGGAGAAUGGGUGAUAUAGUCCACACACUGACAAACAGAAGGUGGCUGGAAAAAUGUGUGGUUUAUGCUGAAAGUCAUGACCAGGCUUUGGUUGGCGAUAAGACACUAGCAUUUUGGUUGAUGGACAAGGAUAUGUAUGACUUCAUGGCUUUAGACAGGCCAUCUACUCCUCUAAUAGAUCGUGGUAUAGCAUUACACAAAAUGAUUAGGCUUAUUACUAUGGGUCUUGGUGGUGAAGGGUAUUUGAAUUUUAUGGGGAAUGAAUUUGGACAUCCUGAGUGGAUCGAUUUUCCAAGAGGUGAGCAACAUCUUCCUAAUGGCAAAAUAGUUCCUGGGAAUAACAACAGUUAUGAUAAAUGCAGGCGUAGAUUUGACUUGGGUGAUGCAGAUUAUCUAAGAUAUCAUGGAAUGCAAGAAUUUGAUCGAGCUAUGCAACAUCUAGAAGAGAGAUAUGGUUUCAUGACUUCUGAACACCAAUACAUUUCACGUAAAAAUGAAGGUGACAGAGUUAUAAUCUUCGAAAGAGACAACCUGGUUUUUGUCUUCAAUUUUCACUGGACCAACAGUUAUUCAGAUUACAAGGUCGGCUGUUUAAAGCCAGGCAAAUAUAAGAUUGUCUUGGAUUCAGAUGAUACCUUGUUUGGUGGCUUCAAUAGGCUCAAUCAUACUGCUGAGUACUUCACCUCUGAAGGGUGGUAUGAUGACCGGCCUCGAUCUUUCCUCGUUUAUGCACCUUGUAGAACAGCAGUGGUGUAUGCCCUUGUGGAUAAAGUUGAAUCAGAGCCAAUUGAACUGUCGGUUGGAGUUGAACCAGAUCCAAUUGAGCUGUCACUUGAAGUUGAAUCAGAGCCAAUUCAACAGUCAGUUGAAGUUGAACCAUGA